AUGAAGGAGCUUGAUAAAAAAGCUAGAUACUUAGGGAAUCCGCUAUUUGUGGGAAGGAACAAGCUGGCUGCGUUCGAAGAUUUGAGAAGGAAGGUGGAGGCUAGAAUUCAAGGUUGGAAAGCUAAGUUGUUACCCCAAUCAGGCAGGGCUACUCUCAUCAAACAUGUAGCCAUCUCUAUCCCGAUUUAUACUAUGUCUACAUGUCUUUUGCCUAAGUCCUGGUGCGACAAUUUGGAGAAGUCCGUUAGAAAUUUCCUGUGGAAGAAUGACCCCAAUGUAGGGGGAGGCUUUCCCCCGGUGGCAUGGAGUAAGGUAUGCCAGCCUAAAUCUCGAGUAGAGCUCGGGUUUAAAAAUCUUCGGGUGUUUAACAAAGCUCUUGUUGCAAAACUUGGUUGGAGUCUAGUAACUGAAGAUAACAAACUUUGGGUAAGAGCCAUUAAGGCUAAGUAUUUCCCUUACACCACUUUUCUGAAGGGCAAGAAGAAAAAAGGAUGUUCGUGGAUCUGGUCAGGAGUGCCGAAUACAAAACCGCUUUUAGCCAAGGGUGUGUACUUUAGAGUUGGGAAAGGGGAUUCGGUGAAUAUUUGGGAAGAUCCAUGGAUUCCCAAUAACCCGAACUUCCUCCCUAUACCGAUCAAUUCUCUAAAUCCUGAACAAGUGGGAAUGGUCAGUUCGCUUAAAAUGAGUAAUGGGAGGUGGAAUGAGAGUCUCUUAAUCAGGUUGUUUGAUCCAGACUCGGUGGUGAAAAUCAAAGGUAUUUUUUGGGCUGAUAACUCUAAAGAUGAUUAG